UGCACCAUUUUUGAGUAACUGCAACAAACCCAUUUCUUCUUCUUCUUCUUCUUCUUCUUCUUCUUCUUCUUCUUCCAAAACAGAAUCUCACAGUGAUCGGUCGGAAAGUGAACGAUGGAGAGCACCGACUCGUCGGCGGGACCACAGCAGCCGAACUUACCGCCGGGGUUCCGAUUUCACCCGACGGACGAAGAGCUCGUGGUUCACUAUCUCAAGAAGAAAGCCAACUCUGUGCCCUUGCCGGUCGCCAUAAUCGCCGAGGUCGAUCUCUACAAGUUCGAUCCAUGGGAGCUUCCAGCGAAAGCUACUUUUGGAGAACAGGAAUGGUACUUCUUCAGUCCAAGGGAAAGGAAGUAUCCGAAAGGAGCGCGGCCGAAUCGAGCCGCGACGUCCGGAUACUGGAAGGCGACAGGGACGGAUAAGCCGGUGUUGGCCUCGGGUGGAAGCAACCAGAAAGUAGGGGUGAAGAAGGCGCUGGUGUUCUAUGGGGGAAAACCGCCUAAAGGAAUCAAAACCAAUUGGAUUAUGCACGAAUAUAGGUUGGCUGAUAACAAGCCCAGUAUCAAUAAGCCUCCUGGCUAUGAUUUGGCCAACAAGAAGAACUCCUUGAAGCUGGAUGAUUGGGUACUGUGCCGAAUAUACAAGAAAAACAAUUCGCAUAGGGGAAUGGAUCAAGAGAGGGAAGAUUCAAUGGAUGAUAUUAUGAUAGGAUCAAUACCCCAAUCGUUGAGGCUAAAUGAUGAGUACCCAAAAUUGGGUAUCAAUUACGCCACGUUCCUUCAUCAAAAUGAUCAAAACCUGCUUCAGGGAAUAGUGGGCGCCAACAACAACGAUGGUGGACUUACCAAUUCAAAGCGCCUACCCUCCUCACUCUUCUGGACCCAACAACAAGAACAAGACCAACAAGACCAAGACCAUUCAGACAUUUCCUCAAACAAGAGAUUGCAUUUCGAAAACACUACCGAUGGGGCUUCCACCUCUGUUACAACCACACAUAGUACCGACAAUAAUCCCCAAAAUUCCACCUCCUCAUUCGCCACUCUACUCAACAACCUCCCACAAACCCCGCCCCUGCACCACCACGCUCACACCAUCCUCGGUUCCAUCGGAGACGGGCUUUUCCGCUCGACUUACCAAGUCCCAGGUGCGAAUUGGUACUCGUAAACAAUUCAACACAACCCAAUCCAAUUCCACCUGGUAACAAUUUAGAUUUUAGGAGAAUAUUAUUUUGUUUGGUAGUAGGUAAAAAAAAAAAAAAAAAAAAANAAAACAAUUCUCUCUCUAUCUCUCACUCCAAUUUCAAAACUGAGGCCAUAGAUGCUUUCUACAUAAGAAUAGAUUCUAUACCCAUUUGAAAGAAGGUUAGUGUAUACACAUAUACUUUUUUUUUUCUUUGGUUUCAAAUAGAAUAGUGGUAAAACCCUUUUGUACA